ACGCCUGCCUUUGAAGCCUUUGCCAGUGGUAGCAGCGGCCAGGCUGCUUGGAACGAGGACUACGCCCGCGCCUACGUCCGUCUCAGUCUCUUGGGUGUCAACAACAUCAACAGCCUUACCGAAUGCACAAAGGUUCUUCCUCAACCCGUCGAGUCUUACCGCCACAAGGACAAGGGUAGAUUCAACAAGUGGCUCCAGAGUGACGACAACUCAUACACAUCCAAGACUGUUUCCAAGGAUAUCGACGAUGGUUAUGAGAUCUCUAUUCCUGAGGACAAGAUCCCUUCCAGACGUGGUCCUUGGAAGAAGUGGACCACUUUGUUCAAGUGGUGGUAA